GGUGCCUGUCCCUCGCGUGCAUAAUUCACGGAGAACAAAUUAUGAUGACGAUGCGAGUGCGCCCUGCGUGCUCUCCGCCUGCAAACCCGGCACAUCCGCUGCGCCCUUUCUUUCCCCAACGCCCUCGACGCCCAGGAUCUCGUAGAUGGCUCGCAGCAUCGGUCUGAACACCCACGUACAUCCGCGAACCUGCCCCGUGCAUACCUCGUGCGCGGUGCCCGCUGCACUCUACCAUACUCCGCCGUCUAAUGCGGAACCCAGCCUCCGAUGGCACGCCUGUGCUGUGUACGAGGUGGUAGAGGACAAUAAGCCCUUGCUUUGGUUUCAAGGUCCCCCGCGCCCAAACAUAUCGGCUAACGCGCUUUGAAUGCGCAAAUCUGGCGGUUUUCGACGCUCACAAGACGCAUACACUCCCCCUCGACCCUUCGGCACCACCGCUUCGCGGAGCGCAGCCGUAUCGGCGCGGCGAGGCACAUCGGCGCCUACGCC